AUGAAUUUUGGCUUGAACUUUCCAAAAGUUAAACUUACCAAUCGUAUGCGUUCAAGUCCAUCCAAAGUAAAGAAAAGGAGAAGAAAUGACUUGGUUACAAAUAACAAUUUUUCGCUCCCUGCGGGUCAUUUUUGUCUUACCACUUUCCACAAGUAUCAACCUCGCGUUAAAAUGGUCAAACAUUCAGUUCUUGAGGAUCAAAUAGCAUUUUACACUUUUGAAGAAAUGACAUUUAUUGCUGUAACUCAUUAUCAAAAUGAAGCGGUUAAUACUUUAAAGAAAAGUAAUAAUCCUCACGCUAAAGGAUUCAAAGAAUCUUUUGAUAAGGAUGUUAAUAAUUCCGAAGGAUCCGAAAAUUCAGAUGAUGAAGAUUCCGAAGUGGAUCAAUACGAUGAAAAUAAUGAAGUUGACCUUGAAGAAAUUAGUGAUUCGGAAGAAAAUGAUGAGUUGCAUAAUAGUUCUUUAUCUUAUCCAACGACAUCAUCUUCGAGACAAUCUAACCAUCUAGGUCAAAACAUUCAACAAUGGAGACAAACUAUUAAUAAUGAAACAAUACCGAGUGACGUGUUUCGUACUAAUCGUACAAGUCUAUAUGAAAAUAAAGGAGAAUUCCGUGCAAAAGUUGUAAAAAAUGCUCAUAAUAUUUUAAGAAAACAAAUAAUUUAUGAACACCCUUCAGAAUUAAAACCAUCUGAUAUUGAUAUAUAUGAAGCCAGUUCUCAAAGAACCCUUCCCCCAAUCUCGAACUCUUCAAGAAAUUUUGGUUUGGAAACCUUUUCAAGUUCUGGAUAUAUCAAUAAGUCCAACACGAAUCCAGAUAAUGAUCCAUAUUGGAUAUAUUAUGGUUCUCAAUAUAAAACUGAAGAUAUUACAUCAAAAAGGAUUUCAAAAGUAAAAGGAACAACUUUAGGCCGGUCCUUUCCUCAUCUAGCGUUCAAACCUACAACACCAUCUGCCUUGGUUCAAAAAACUCCGUAUCCUCGAAAAUAUGAUAAUGUAGAAAAAGGUACGCAGCAACAAGAAGAAACUAGGACGCAAAAUGCGCAUGUUCCCGAAUCUCCAUUGUCACCUGGAAAUAUAUUCUUUUCAACAAUUCUUAACCAUACACCAUCAAGAGUUGAAAGUUCAACUUCACAUUCAAGUAUUCAGUUCGAACAAAUUAAAGACGAAAACAAAAGAUUAAGAGAAUAUAUACGUGAGAGAUAUGGAGUUGAAGCGGAGAGAGAAGCAGAUGUUGUGGUUGCUCUUGGAAAUGAAUAUAAAUAA